CGGGCCGGGAGUUCCUGGGGGAACGGGCAGGGCAGUCCCGGAGCUGGGAAGGGCCGUCCCGUCACUGCGGGCAGCGCUGUGGAAAGAGGCUUAAUGUUCAGAAACUGAUUGCAGAGUCUUGUUUUGAGCCAUGAUCAUUACAGCCCCUUUUUGGUAUGGAAGAGUUCAUGCUUACUGGUUUGCAUAAUAGCAGAGGCUAAAUAGGCAUGAAGGAGACUAUAGUGGGGAUGAGAAGUGUCCAAAGAGAAGAAAUGAAUCCUACAAAUGAUGAUCCAGUGUUUGGGACUAUUUUUGACUGGGACUAUCUCUUAUGGGAAAUUCGUUUGACAUUUUUAGUUGCUGGUUUUUUAAUCUAUUUGGGAGUAUUUCUUCUGUCUCACUGGUUGUCUUCCUGGAGAAGUACCACUUACUGUGCCUUGUCUGCAAAGGAGAAGGUGUUCUGGAAUAUGGCAGUCACACGUGGUGUCUUUGGACUUCAGAGUUGUGUUGCUGGGUUAUGGGCUUUGCUCAUAGAUCCCGUUUUUCAUGCUGACAAAGUCUAUUCUCAGCAAAAGUGGAGUUGGUUUAACUGUUUAAUAGCAGCUGGAUUUUUCUUGCUUGAAAAUGUAGCAGUUCAUGUGUCCAACAUUAUUUUUAGAACAUUUGAUGUUUUCUUAGUAGUUCACCAUUUGCUUGCUUUUGGUGGCUUGGCUGGUUUAGUAAUUAAUGUGAAAUCUGGACAUUAUCUGCCUUUGAUGGGAAUGUUACUGGAGAUGAGUACUCCCUCAACGUGCAUUUCCUGGAUGCUUCUGAAGGCUGGCCGUGCUAACACCUUUUUCUGGAAGGCAAACCAGUGGGUGAUGAUCCAUCUGUUUCACUGCCGCAUGAUUCUUACCUACCACAUGUGGUGGGUGUGCAUUUUCAACUGGAGUUCCAUUGUAGAAAACCUGGGACUUCUUCACUUUAUUGUUUUAUUCUCGGGAUUAUUUGCUGUUACACUAAUACUUAACCCAUACUGGACAUACAAAAAAACUCAGCAACUCCUCAGCCCAACUGACUGGAACUUUGAAAAUAAAGCAGUGGAAAAUGGAAAAUUGAAUGGUGAAACACAUGAAAAGAAGAGGAUGUAGCACUCAAACAAAGUUUCCCAGCAGGGUAACAGAAGAAUGCAAUGCAAAGCCAUUCUUUGCACGUGAAGUAGAUUUUGCAAGAAGCUCAUUGAUGCAGUGACUCGUUGCUGGUAGCACUCUGAGUGCAUCACAAGUGUUGAAAAGCAUUAUUUGUAUUUAUUAUGUGUAUACAUAUAAGAACUUCAACCCUCAUUAUGGAUUACACCAACAAUUUGUCAGGUUGGACAGUAUUUCAUAAUUUAGCAAUGAUGUGCUCCCUAGUGGCAUGGUUUUUUCCCUAAUGCUUCAAAGUGGCUUUACAGUAAGUCAUUUAUUAAGCUCAGCUUGAAUCAAGUUUAGCUUGAAUCCUAUUUAACAUAUGGUAGAGAUACUGAAAAUUAUGUUAAAUUGUGUAUUAAGAUCAAUUAUGAUCCAAGUUAGGUAUGCAUAGGUACCUAAUUCCUGUGUGCCAGUGAAUCAUUCCAAGUGGCAGAACUGGUCAGUGGUAGAAUGCAUUUGUGGCCCAGGUUUGGGUUUUUUUGUUGGUUGGUUUCUAGGUUUGGGAUUUUUUGGGUAUUGUUUUUUGUUCUUUUUUUCUAUUAAGCACACUUAAGAAACAAGGAAAAUAAUUGAGUGUUUGCUGUCAAAGUUGUUGUUUUCAGGUUGCCCUCAGUAUGGGAGGAGUUUAUAUCCACCAAAACCAUCCAUGUAGAGAUCCACGCAUUUGCCAUUUGUGUGGUUUGGUGGGUAAUCAUAGUGGCCCCUUCUGGACCUUAAAUCAAUGUAAUACAAGUGCUAACACCAGAAGGUGACUCUGUGUCAUCCUUGAAAAAAAAUGUUCUUGAUUAGUAAAAUUGUUUUGUUUGUAUGUCCCGUGUGAGGGGUCAUGCAGUUAGUUCCACUAGUGCUUCUGUUAUGGUUCCUCUCAUUUUUGGGAAUGCACUUAGUUUUAGAUGGUUUCAGAAUCUGAGGUGAUUCCUUGAUGGAGGAAGGCCUGUAUCACCCCCUGUAGGAGUUUGGUUGUUUUAAUAUUUUUAUUUAACUUUAAAGAACAUACCAAGCAACACUAACAAUCCUUUGCACUUUAUCUGCCACAUCACAAAAAUCUUUCCUUUACCUGAGAAACUGGGUUGCUCUUUAGAUAGGGACUAAUGGUGACUGAUGUUCUCCUGCUCGAGAUACUGGUUUGAUGGUUCCUGGAUAAAGAUCACGAUAGAAGAGAGUGACACCUAGUGGUAGGAGAAUGACGGGGUAUUCGUUUUGGUGCCCGGAACAAAUGAGAUUUCAAAAAGUGGUUAAUUGGAACCCUGUGUAACAUGACUGCCACACAGAUUUAUUUGCCAAAGCAUUAAGACUGCCCAAGCUGUGAAGAAUUUUACAUCAAGCAAUUUUACAUAAUCUCUACAAUUAGAGACUUUGUGAACUGAUCUGUGGUGGAGCAUAUUGUUUUAAAUGUGUGAGGGAAGCAGUCUUUGGUGUAAACAGUCCCAUUUUGGUGGGAAUGUCUUUCAUUUGUUCUGAGUGAAAGGAGUGGUUGGGUUGCUGCAUUCCCUAAUUCACUCUGUGUGAGCCGAGAGUUGAAUUGCUGUUCUGUGAUGGGGAGCAAUCCUCUUUCUUUAGCUCACAUAUAGGCAUAUACAUAGGCAGAUCUUAUUGAUAAUGAUAAUGAUGAGGUGGUGAAUAUCUGAAGUUGCCCAUUCAAAACCAGGCUGAGAGGGUCACAAUAAUUUUACACAGCAACCCUGUCUGAUAUUGUGCUGCUAUUUAAUAGAUAAAAUCUAAAUUUGGAGCGAUCUUAUUUUUAUGCUGAGCAGAAUAGAGUUGCAGUGUUGCCUGCCUGGGCACCAUCCUAUGGUAAAAAGGGUUCUCAAAAGUUUGAAAUUGUGUACCUGUCUGAAGCAGUUGUAUGUGGGAGAGUAAUGUUAAAAGCACUUUGGAAGAAACCAGAGAGAUGAAUUCCUUGGCUAUGGAAAAAUUAUCUGAAUGCAUAUCUUGCAGAAUCCAAACCUCACUUGCAGGAGGUCCAGGGAGAAAGGCAGAGAAUAAGUCAUCAGGUAUCAGAAUGAUGAUGUACUCUAUGAAGCUUAAAACUUGAAGGUUUGGAUUCAGUAAAACAAGGUAAUAAUUUUUAAAAUCUCAGCCACAGAAUUCUGAAGAAUUCUAAUAGAAAAUGGAAACAUCAGAAGAAGUUUGGGAUGAGUGUGUAAUUCUUAUAGUGGCUGGCUAAAGAAUGUGAAGUCCCUAUAUGCUAAAAUAAAAGAAUAUGGAGGGUGGGGGUUAGUAGUGAAUUGAGACUGAAAAAAGAUAGGUGGAAAUUUAUGUCAUAGCACCUGAUGUCUAAAGUUUAAUAUUUUAUAUUAUUAAUGUGUAUAACUUUAUUAAUUGAAUUUUAAAUCUUUCAUUAAAAUUAUGUUUUUAACAUCAUAAUGCAGUUUUUUAGUUUGCAUCCUAGUUUUUUCACAAAAAGACUGUAAGGGUUUGCAUGUCUUAACUGUAUAAUGAAUGAUACUUUAGAGCCCCUGUGAACCUAAACACUCGUAGACCUGCUAGAACAAGAAAGCUGUGCAAUAAAGCAAAUACCAGCACUUACUUUAUUUCUGUUGGUUUAAGAAUACUUUACAGUCCAGCUAAGAAUACAACACAACAAAAAUACAGACAACCUUUCUUCGUCCUUUUCAUGGCAUUUUCAUGUGUUGGAGUUACCAGUUCUGUUACAGAGCCUCUUUUUUUUAUACUUAAGUAUAAAAGGACCCUUUAUAAGGGCAUGUAGGGAGUGAUAGGACAAUGGUAAUGACUUUAAAACUAAAAGAGGGGAGAGUUAGAUUAUAUUAGGAAGAAAUUGUUCCCCAUGAGGGUGGUGAGGCCCUGGAACAGGUUGCCCAGAGAAAUUGUGGAUGCCCCAUCCCUGGAAGUGUUCAGGGCGAGGUUGAAUGGGGGCUUGGAAUCAACCUGGGGUAGUGGAAGGUGUCCUUGCCUACAGCAGGAAGGUUGGAAGUAGAUAAUCUGUAAGGUCUCUUCCAAUCCCAGACUUCUGGGAUUCUUCAGUGUCUAUUGACUGCUCCCUUUAGGAGGAUUUUCUGGUUUAUUAUUGUGGAAGUCACAUUGCACUGAAACAAGUCAGAGAAAGUUCUUGAACUGAGGGUUUUGGUACUUAUAACUAAGUGAUCCUUUUCAGCCUAAAGGUAGAGUUGCUGUAUGUGGUUGUAAAUUUUGUUGAAGUGAAAUUAAUAUCAGUCCUGUUGGGCCUUCUUACACAGCCUUAUCCACAAACCACAAUUUAGAAAAAUUCCGUCAGCUUCCAUAGUGGUUGGAUUGGGUCACAGAGUUUGCUGCUGUGCAUUUGGAAAAAUUGCAUAACAGGAUUUUGGGUGAAUUAUUUGUUUGCCAAGGUGACUGCUAGGGACUUGGCUCUGCUUUCUUGUUGAACAAGCUUAUUUGAGGAGUGGUGUUCGUGUCACCUUUCUGAAGCUUUUUUUUUUUAAACCCAAGCAACAAAAACCCAAAUCAGCAAACUGUGGUGGGGAUAAUGGUGUUCAGUUGAUUUGGUUUGGUUUUUAAGUUUUUUUAAAGAUGUCUGAUCUGAGACGUGCUUGUCCAGUCAUCUGGUUCUUACAUCUUCAUACAACAUUCAUACAUCACAGUUUGUGUUUUCCUCCAUUUCUAGCCUAUGUUUUUUUUUCCAAAACUUCUCAUUGUUCCCCCUUGAACCCACCAUUUUAAAAUUUUUAUUCUUACUUGCAGUACUGGUCAUGAUCUUGGAGUCACAUUACCACUGUGACAUUUUUGUCUAGUAGUGUUAGGCCUAUCUUCCACUAAAUAUCCAUGUGCAAAUCUUUCAGAGUGUUUUUGUGUUUUCCUGAUAACAUGGAUUAAAUAUUGAUGUGAUAUGUAGUUAUAAGAAACCUUCUUUAACCUCAGGGAGACUCCCCCUUAAAGUGAAUUUAAAAGUAUUAAGCAAACUUAAGUAUGCUCUUGUACAAGAUAAUGUUUGUUGAAAAGCAUCUUUACACUGUACAUAAAUAAAAGUAUUUUAUUGAA